ACUAUGCAGCAGGAGCGCUUGGUAAAGGUGAUAGUUAUAGGGGACCUGGGUGUGGGGAAGACGGCCAUCAUCAGGCGCUACGUGCACCAGGUUUUCUCUCAUCAUUACCGAGCCACCAUCGGAGUGGACUUUGCGCUCAAAGUGCUGCACUGGGACCAGGGCACCGUCAUCCGCCUCCAGCUGUGGGACAUCGCCGGACAGGAGCGAUAUGGCAACAUGACUCGUGUGUACUACCGUGAAGCAGUAGGAGCACUAGUGGUCUUCGACAUGACCCGAGCCUCCACUUUCCAAGCUGUACUUAAAUGGAAAGGUGACCUGGAUGCUAAAGUGGCCCUCUGUAAUGGCCAGCCGGUGCCAGCUGUCCUGCUGGCAAAUAAGUGUGACCAGCAGAGACAGGGCCUAUGUGCCAAAAUACCCAAGUUAGAGAGUUUUUCUAAAGAGCAAGGAUUCCUGGGAUGGUAUGAGACAUCUGCCAAGGAUAACACAAACAUUGACAAAGCCAUCAUGUGCCUGGUUGAGCACAUCAUGGCGGGCGAUGUUAAGAAUCCUGCAGUUGACUCAGACCCCAGUCGAGUGAUCCUGCCUACGUCUGACUACAAGCUCCACGAACGCCACCAAUCCACCUGUUCAGCUUGUUCCAGACCUCACACACCUCCCACAGAGCAUGAGCAAUUAUAACAGCAGAGAAAAUCGACAUAUGUAAAUUACAUUUCUGUAAUUAAAUGCUAUUGGUGAUGACUUAUUAUUCAUGUAGAUGCUUCUUGUUUAUACAUGCAAUGUACAUUUACAGUACUAUAAACUUGUUCUGAAAAACAUGUUUUUUGCAUGUAGAUGGUGUUUUGCAUUUGGAACAUCAAAAUGGUCAUGGAAAGUUAAACGACAGUUAAAUGCUUAUAAAGAGGAACUUGUUUUUUGAGUUGUACAUUUUUUAGUUUUGCUUAACUAAGCAAGACAGCAGGACUGUUGAGGAAACUGAGGACAAACUGUUAACACCACUGUCAAAAAAAUGUCACCAGUAGAAAAUGCUGCCUAAAACACCAUCACCUCAGAGCACACAGUGUCUUAUACACUGUAAUACAGGGCAAAUGCUAUACGGGGAAAAAACUGUAUUAUUAGUACUUGUAACUGUUUAGGAAAUUAAGUAUUUAUAUAAAAUUUUAAAAACUUUUGCUGCGAAUUUAAAUAGAAAAAAAUGUUACAGCCUUAACUGUCAACACAUGUUGUUACAAUGUGUGAAAAUGAUAAGGAAGUGGUCAUACUGGGCAAACAUUAUACUGUUAAUGUAUAAUGAGAGUUUAGGGUAAUGGUUAGGGUUUAUGGGUUGAAUACAAAUCUAAUUGAACUGUGAUAUCCUUAUGGAUUCCUACAGUACCUGGAUCUGUUUCAAACUGAUCUGUUGUCCAUUUUAUACUGUGUGAAUGUGAUUAUGUGAAGUGAAAUUGUCCAGACUUAAAUUGUGUGUGUGUGUGUGUGUGUGUGUGUGUGUGUGUGUGUGUGUGUGUGUGUGUGUGUGUGUGUGUGUGUGUGUGUGUGUGUGUGUGUGUGUGUUUAUGGAAGACACUAAGCAGGUGCCUGCCUGCUGUUUAAAUCUGUCCCAAGCUGUUAAUGCUGCAUAUCUGAAUGGUAAAGCUGCUCUGCUGAAGUGUUAAUGGUGUUAUAACCCAUAUGUCCCUGUGCAUUGUGUAACUUAGAAGCACUGGCAGACACACCGUCCCUCCUCUUUGCUCUCCAUAAUUUUAAGAUGGUCACAGAUGUUCCCAGCUCUAAAAAUACUCCACGGAGACAAAAUAAUAAGUGUUUCUGAAAAGUAUGUUUCUGUCUGUUGAAUGGGUGCUAAAAUGUUUGCCUGCAUCUGGACAGCAGGUCUAUUUGUCGCCUAAUUGUAAUUUGGACCGAUAUCAAUGGCCCAAUUCUGCAUGUACGAUCGUAGCGUUUUGUGUGAACUGAAUACAGACAAGCAUCUGUUUCAAUGACCUUUCAGUGCCAUUUCUUCUAAAGUUAUAAUGGCAUCAUUUGCAUUAUCAAAUAAAGCUGUAGGAAAGUCAUUUAUUCAAUA